UAAUUUGUUAGUGGGUCUCAGCAGAACUGACUUAAAGGUGUCAUCUAGUAAGACUGUUGUCUAAAAACCAAGGACUGGUAAAGAUGAUGAUGCUUAAUGUAGAGGAACUGGUGACAGGGAAGAAAAAUGACAACAGGGAGACCAGGGACUUCCUCCCAGAGGACUUCAGAAAUGGAGAAUAUGAAGCUGCUGUGACUUUGGAAAAGCAUGAGGACCUCAAGACACUUCCAAGACAUUCAUUGAUCUGGGAAAGUCAGAAUGAGAAACAGCUAGAGGCAGAGCUCAAGAAGAAAAAACUGGAACAAAGAUCAAAGCUUGAAAAUUUACAAGACCUUGAAACUAUCAUUCAAUUAAAGAAAAGAAAAAAGUACAAGAAAAUCAAAGUUCCCGUUUUAAAGGAACCUGAACCAGAAAUUAUAACAGAACCUGUGGAUGUGCAGAAGUUUCUGAAGGCUGCAUUGGAGAAUAAGCUGCCAGUAAUUGAAAAAUUUUUAUCUGACAAGAAGGAUCCAGAUGCAUGUGAUGAAUACAAACGGACAGCUCUUCACCGAGCAUGCUCCCAAGGACAUUUGGCCAUCGUGGAAAAGUUAGUGAAUUCUGGAGCCCAAAUUGAAUUCCGUGAUAUGCUGGAGUCCACUGCUGUUCACUGGGCAUGUCGUGGUGGGAACCUGGAUGUUCUGAAGUUUUUGCUAAACAAAGGAGCGAACGUCAAUGCUCGAGAUAAGCUGCUCAGUACACCUCUGCAUGUGGCUGUGAGGACCGGGCGGUAUGAGUGUGGGGAGCAUCUCAUCGCAUGCGAAGCUGACCUUAAUGCCAGAGACCGGGAAGGAGACACACCUCUGCAUGAUGCUGUCAGGCUGAACCGUUACAAAAUGAUAAGACUGCUGAUUAUGUAUGGAGCAAAUCUGAAUGCCAAAAAUUGCGAUGGGAAAACGCCAAUGGAUCUCGUUCUUCAAUGGCAGAAUGGUACGAAGGCAAUAUUUGACAGUCUUAAGGAGAACUCCUACAAAUCCUCUCGCAUAUCCACAUUCUAAAGGAGGCAACAGUCGUCAUUCUUUUGAGAGUGGACUCCCCCUUCCCCCCCCGGAAAUCUAUUUCGCUUUACAUACCUAGUUCUAAAGCGUUAAAGUGCUAAAAUGUGAAUAAGAUACACACAUAAUUUGAAGGAAAAAAACCUGACAUGUAAAAAUUCCAUUUAGGUCAAUGUGAAUUUGCUCUAUUUAUUUGUCUUAUUUAUUCCUAUUUAUUUAUUUGAUUGCUAGUGAGAGCCACAGAUUUCAAGAUCGCUGCUUUGGCGAUCAAAGCUUAAUUAUUGUGUAGAAUUUCCAGAGAGUUCCGGUACAUAGUUGCUAAAUCUAAUUAGCCAGCAGCAUUACAAACGCCCAUUGAUAUUAGACAGUGGCCAUUUUCCUGGCCAACGUAAGUGUAAGGAACUUCAAGGCGGGCAUUAUAGUCUGUUUUCUCUCCUGAAGUUUUGCUGCUGGAGCUAAAUCCAGCAAAAAAGAAAGAAAGAUAAAAAGAAAAAAGACAGUGAAAGGAGACUGGUUGAGAAGGGAAAGGAAAGGGAAUAGUCAAAAGCCGUUAAGCUCUUUGGACUGGACUGACUUGUAUUUUGACAAAGUCCAGGGAAUCUGUAGUGAGAUGAAGGGAGUGUUGCAUUCAGAGAGGGUCGUGAAUGUGCGCGUGAGGCAGGGAAAGGGAACAAAGGCAAUGUAUUAUAUUCCACGGGGCAUGUAACACAAAACUGGAGAAUGUGCACCCAAAUUGUAAAUGUGUAAAUUUCUGUUGCUUUGUAUGUACAUUUUGUAUUCGUAAUUACAAUAAACUUGAAAGCUCUUGUAGAA